AUGGCAAGCAAAACAUUCAACGUCGGUGUCGUUGGUUAUGGCAUGUCCGCCAAAGUCUUCCACAUCCCCUUCAUCACCACAACCCCCCAACUCAAACUACACAGCAUCGUCCAACGAUCCCCCAAAGAAGGCAACUCCGCGCCGCAAGACCACCCCUCCGCCAAACACUACACAGACGUAAACCAGCUCCUCGCCGACCCCGAGGUAGACGUCGUCGUCGUCACCACCCCUCCCGACAACCACUUCCAGCUCACCAAGUCGGUCCUCCAAGCGGGCAAGCACGUCCUCACCGAGAAGCCCUUUGUCCCAACGUCCGCCGAGGCCGAGCAGCUCAUCGCCAUAGCCAAGGAGAACAAGCGCCUCAUCUGCGUGUACCAGAACCGCCGAUGGGACACCGACUUCCUCCUCGUCAAGCACCUGGUCGAGAACGACACGCUCGGCCGCGUCGUCGAGUUCAACUCCCACUUUGACCGGUACCGCGCCACCGCGCCCGCAAACUGGAAGGGCGAGCUGGGGAUCCCCUCUGGCGGAAGCGCCCUGUUCGACCUGGGCACCCACCUCAUCGACCAGGCGUACGUGCUGUUUGGCAUGCCGCAGGCUGUUCAUGGACGGACGCUGUCCCAGCGUGCUGGAAAGCCGGACUACUUCAACCCGGAUGCCGUUUCUGCUGAGCUCACGUACCCGGACGGGAAGCUCGUCAACAUUCGUAUCAGUGUUUUGAGCGUGGAGACGGUGCAGCCGCGGUUCUGGGUUCGUGGAUACAAGGGCAGCUUUCACAAGGUCGGACUCGACCCGCAGGAGGAUCAGCUCAAGGCGGGCGAGAAGCCCACUGCCGCGGGCUUCGGUGUCGAUAAGCCUGAGAAUAUGCGCCUAGUGCUUGUUGAUGACGAUGGAAAGAUGAGGGAGGAGAAGGUGCCGGUGUUGAAGCCUGAGACGUACAUGACGUUUUAUAAUGCCUUCGGGAAAGCGCUUGAGAGCGGGAAGGAGGAGGACGUUCCUGUCAAGGCUUCUGAGGCGAGGGAUGUAUUGCGUAUCAUUGAGGCUGUUUUGGAGAGUGCAAAGACUGGCAAGGAUAUUGUCUUUGGUUAA